AUGGGCUCGCUUUUCGAACCGGAAGAAGACGUAGAGGAGGCAGAGUGGAGCGGAUUGGGGGAAAGCCGUGGUGUGCCAAAGUCGCAACCUCCCUGCAGCGCCGUCCAGGGUCUCAAAGUUGCGACCCUCUGCAUUCUGGCCCUGGCCAUUGCAGGUCUCUUCCUUUCAGGUCCAUCUUCCAAGCAGACGAGCCGCUUUAGACCAGACCUUCUCGCAGAAUAUGAGGAGGGACACCACGAGUCUCAGAAGUCAACUCCGGCUCAGAUGGAUGUCGGUCCGGCUUCCUUGCUUUGGCAGUGCUUUUCAGGGUCUGUUCCCACUGCCUGCAGCACCUCCUUUGCCAGCAGCUUCGUCUGCUUGCUAAUCUGCGCUUUCUUGUGCUUCUGUUUCAUGAUGAUGAACGUCUCAAAGCUGGGACCCGUGGCUGGGGAGCAUGCGCAGGUCAACGAAGAGUUGAGGUUGAUUGGUCACUUAUCUUUCUCCACUCAUCACAUGAACUCCCGUGAGCCAGAUCACGAUGCCAAGCAGAGGAUGCAGAGAUCAUGGGAUGUCUCUUCCUCCAGAGAGAACGUCCAGAUUCUGGAGCAGCUUUCGAAGAUCAUGAAGCGCCAUCCGGCCUUUCGAUUUCGCCUGAAGGGCAUCUCCUACGGAAAUGGUGAGAUCAGCCAGCGCACAGAAUCAGCGUUUUACGAGGACUUUCACAGUUCGUUCCCGCAGGAGCGCAUGGACUGGUUGCAACCAUAUGCCCAUGCUCGUGCCCUGAGCCUUAAGCGAGCGCUAAACCAGCGUGGCAUCUCCUACGAGCGGUUGCACACGAUGGUUCAGGCAGGCGAGGCCAACACGAUCGUGGUAGAGGCCUUCCUGUAG